CUACAGUAGCCUAACAGUAGCUGUCGCCUCUCGUUUGUCGUCUUAGUUUAUGUAGCUGAUCCUACCACACAGCCUAUUUUAAUGUCUUAAUGUAGCCUAUUUAUCGUCACUGUAUUUCACAAGACCGAGUCCUGUAAAAGGGACCGCAUUGUAUUAUUCUUUUCAAAAGGUUAACUUGCUGCAUUUCAGUGGAGUUUGGGAAAGACAUUUUCCUUUUUUUAUGUAGAUUACGCGGUGUCAGUCCAGUAGGAGUGGGCGAUGCUCAAGAAGAAAAGCUGGCGAAAGUUCCAUCUCCGGACAUUUACGGAAUUGAACCCUCUGGUGUACGAAAGAAAUUAACAGGAACAGUGUAACGGCACUACAAAGCGAGAGAGGGAAACUGUAAGGCUCUACUGGGAAUUUAAAACUGAGCAGCGUGCACUGGUAAAAAAUAAAAAUAAAAGAAUGGAUGGAAAUGGAACGGGUCCGAGGAAAAGCAUGCAAAAUCAUUCCAAAGCAUCUGGUAAAACCUUUUUGGUUCACAAUCGCUCAGGAAAUCACCUCCCAGAGCUGGAACAGUUAUCUACCAUGAAGACGAAUGAGAAAUACACCCAGGUGCCCAGCAGAGAGAAAGGGGUGGACAUCAUCAACAUCAAGGGCAUUGAAGAUAUUGGUUAUGUCCAGCCGGGCUCCAUCCUGCUAAACCCCCUGACGUCCGAGGGGAGCACACAAUGCCGGCAGGGCCUCUACUUCCGGGACGGGGAGCGGCGGGUGGACUACGUUCUCACCUACCACGUGAAGAAGCCCGGAAGCUCCCGCUCCCGCCGGCACUCGUCCCGCAUCAUGGAUAGCGCGCUCGCCCGCAGCAUCCGGCGCGCCCGCGCCCCGCCACCCCGCAACGACCCCGAGAUCGCCGCGCAGGAGCACAGCAUGGACUACCACGAGGACGACAAGGUCUUCCGUCGUGAGGAGUUCGAAUGCAACCUGCAGGAGAUGGGCCUGGAGCUGGAGAAGGACGAGGACACCAAAAUCCCUGGGGUAGGGUUUGUGAAGAUACAUGCGCCAUGGCAUGUACUUUGUCGAGAGGCUGAGUUCAUGAAACUGAAGAUGCCAACCAAAAAAGUAUAUGAGGUCAAUGAGGGAAGCAACCUGGUGGAGAAGAUCAACACGUUCAUUCACAAAGUGACAGAGCCUCUGCAUCCGAAAGUGGAGGAGAACAGGAUAAAGAAUGUCAAACACCUCUCCUACCCCUUCUCUAGAGAAAAGCAACACCUGUUUGAUUUGUCCGACAGAGACUCCUUUUUUGACAGUAAAACAAGAAGUUCAAUUGUUUUUGAAAUAUUGAAACGCACAAAAUGUACAAGAGCCAAAUACAUCAUGGGAAUCACCAGUCUACUUGCAAGUGGGGUAUACAUGUCGGCUUAUCCUUUACAUGAUGGAGACAUAGAGGGUGAAAACACAGACCCUAACGACAGGAAGCUCUUACGUGAAGAGUGGGCAAGUUACGGUGUUUUCUACAAGUAUCAGCCCAUUAGCCUGAUUAGAAAGUACUUUGGUGAGAAGAUUGGCCUGUACUUUGCCUGGCUGGGAGUAUACACGCAGAUGCUAAUCCCCGCCUCCUUGGUUGGCGUCAUCGUCUUCCUAUACGGCUGUGCCACGGUGGACGAUGACAUUCCCAGCAUGGAGAUCUGUGACCCCAAGAACAACAUCACCAUGUGUCCUAUGUGUGACCGGGCAUGCAGCUACUGGAAGCUGAGCUCGGCCUGCGGCACAGCCAGGGCCAGCCACCUCUUCGACAACCCCGCCACCGUCUUCUUCUCCAUCUUCAUGGCACUGUGGGCUGCCAUGUUUAUGGAGCACUGGAAGAGGAGACAGAUGAGACUGAAUUACAUAUGGGAUCUUACCGGGUUUGAGGACCAAGAGGACGCGCUGAAGGACCAUCCUCGUGCCGAAUAUGAAUUCCGUGUCAUGCAAAAGACACUGAGGAAGGAGCGGCAAACUCAUAAAAUUCAGAAGCCUUCAGAGGUAUCGGAGGAGUCUGCAAACAAAUGGAGGCACACUGUACAAACCGCCGUCGCUGGGCUUAAGCUGACAGAAAAAGAAAAACUGACGUGUAAAGACAGGUUACCAGCUUAUUUGACCAACGCAAUCAUGAUGUUGUUCAUGAUUGGGGUGACCUUUGCCAUCGUCUUUGGGGUCAUCAUCUACAGGAUUUCCACCAAGGCCGCUCUGCACAUGAGUUCCAACCCGACCACACGCUCCAACGUGCGACUGACGGUCAAGACCACCGCAGCCAUCAUCAACCUCGUGGUCAUCCUCAUCCUGGACGAGGUGUACGCGGCCAUUGCCCGUUGGCUCACAGUCCUUGAGGUGCCAAAGACCGACAAGACCUUUGAGGAGAAAUUGAUCUUUAAGACAUUCAUCCUCAAGUUUGCCAAUGCCUUCACCCCCAUUAUUUACAUUGCAUUCUUCAGGGGCAGGCUUGUUGGUCGUCCAGGAAGUUACCUGUAUGUUUUUGAGUCUUAUCGGAUGGAGGAGUGUGCACACGGGGGCUGCCUGAUGGAGCUGUGCAUCCAGCUCAGUAUCACCAUGCUGGGAAAGCAGCUCAUCCAGAACAACCUGUUUGAAAUUGGCAUCCCGAAGCUGAAGAAGCUGAUAAGGUACAUCAAGUCAAAGAGGGGCACCUCCCAGGAGGAGGAGCACAAGAAACUGCGGCGCUACGAGACGGACUACUUCCUGGAGCCGUUCGCCGGGCUCACCCCCGAGUACAUGGAGAUGAUCAUCCAGUUUGGAUUUGUGACCCUGUUUGUGGCAUCCUUCCCUUUGGCUCCGCUGUUCGCCCUGCUCAACAACAUCAUUGAGAUCCGUUUGGAUGCUAAGAAGUUUGUAGCCGAGCUCAGGAGACCAAUAGCCGCAAGAGCAAAAGACAUUGGUAUCUGGUACAACAUUCUCAGAGGGAUUGGCAAAGUGGCUGUUAUCGUCAAUGCAUUCGUGAUCGCCUUCACGUCGGACUUCAUUCCACGUCUGGUUUACCAGUACAUGUACAGCUCAGACGGCUCCAUGCAUGGCUUUGUCAACCACACCCUGUCCUACUUCAACGUCAGCCACUUCCGGGAUGGCACUGAGCCUGUGGAGCCUUUUCACCUGGGCUACCAUGUGGAGAUGUGCAGGUACAAAGACUACAGAGAGCCUCCAUGGUCACCAACGCCAUACGAAAUCUCCAAAGAAUUCUGGGCUGUGCUGGCAGUUCGGCUGGCAUUUGUCAUCGUCUUCCAGAACGUGGUGAUGCUGAUGAGCGACGUCGUGGACUGGCUGAUCCCAGACAUCCCCAAGGACAUCAGCCAGCAGAUCCACAAGGAGAAGAUCCUGAUGGUGGAGCUCUUCAUGAAGGAGGAGCAGGGAAAGAUGCAGGUUCUGGACAGCAUGGGCCUGAGGGGCAGCAAGGACGCCUGCAACAACCACAGCCCCGCGCCCCGCCCUCGUGCUGGCCCCCAGGCGCACUCCCAUGACUGUUAACCCGCCCGCCCCACCCGUCCUUCCAUCUGUCCGUCUGUCUGCAUUCUUUUCCUUGUUCGGACAUUCCACAGAAUGAGAGUUGGUCCCACAGAAGGAACUUAAAAGCGGAACAAGCUACAAUGACAGCCCAUCAUGCCUUUUAGUUUUUUUUUUGACUUAGCCAAUUAGUGAGGUCACAGCAGUUGUGAUCUAGCCAAAAUGAUGACAACAGUUUAUGUCCAGUCCAGUUAAGUCCAGUCCAAAGAAGCAUAGUUUUACUCCAGUUUGUCCUGUUCUCAGGUGUGUUUUUUUUUUUUUUUUUUGGAACAGGAAGAAGUUUACAUACCCAGCUUCACAAAUUAUUUGUUCAUCCAAAAAAGGCCAUCAUAGUGGGAUUUCUCAUGAAUAGUUCUUUCAUAUCCUCAUUUUUGUUAGUUGUUAAAUGUUAUGUAGAUAUUUGCACUCAUCAGAUUUGCUAGAACUUGUUUAUCAGGGAUUUGGCCUUAAGUUUUUUAUACAAAGAUUAAAGUGGGAAAUCACCUUUUUUAAACAAUAUACAUCUUUUUCCUCUUGCUAGGUGAAUUUACAGGAAUUAACCUGAUUUUAAAAAAGAGUAAAGAUGGAUGCAUGUAUUUAAAGGGAUAGUUAACUUUCUGGGGUUUUUCACUAUAGCAGUCUGUACAGCGGGAGGCUGUACAUAUGAACAUAUAACUUUUAUUGUGUUAGAAUUUUAAACAUGAACAUCAGUUUUAAUAUUGUGCCAGUACUAUUUUUCUUGAGCACCAUGGCUUCAGAUUGCCUGCCCUAUAGGAAAUAGUUCCAAGCAGAAAUAAUAUUUAACACAAUUUUUGGAGAAUGAUCAGGCAACAUACAUAUACAUACAACCUGGAGACAUAAUGUCACUGUGCAAGCUGCUGUGGAGCUUAACUGUAUUUUCUUGCUUUGGACCAUUAACCCCCAAAAAACUCUGUCUACUUGGCUUGUAAAGUCGACAAAACAUCAUAAACUUCUCUAAAUAUCCGAAAUGUCCUUCAUUGUGCAAAAACCAUCCCAGCCAUUAGAAAGCAUACGCUAAAACUGAAAUAUCGAAAACCCCAGAAAGUAAAUUAUCCCUUUAAGAGGUAAUACAAGGUUUUUGUUUGCCUUUUCAAUUGAAUGAACCUAUUUAUUUCCCAGAAAUGUGUUCUGAUAAAUAGAAAUUAAAUAUCACUUGUAAAACAUUUUGAAAAGCACUGGAAUUCAAAUUAAGCAUUGUACAGUGUAAUAUGUGGAAAUAUUAUAUAAUAAGACACCUCUUCCAGGAGGGAGAGGUUAUGCCUCAUAUCAAAAACCAAGGGAAAUGCAGCCAAAAAAAGCCUUUGGAACAACUUUGGAUGAAUUUAAGGCCAAAAAAUAUUGCACAUAAAUAUUGGCAUGCACUGUACAAAUAAUUAUAAUUACCGAACUUCUGCACCACCUUUCACACAAUACCAAAGACUAGCAUCAUAUUAUUUUGAAUACUUUAAAAUGUAUUUUAUUUUUCAGUCAGGAUUACAGUCGAUUUUAUAAAUGGCAAUAACACACAAUUAUUUUUAAAAUUAUUAAAUUAAAGUCGAUAGGUUCAUUGGCUCAAUGCACUCCCUGAAGAGCUUUUCAGCAGGGACAGAACGACUAAACACCAAUACAAAAACAUGGUCCCACUUAAUAUUUCACAAACUCAAUGCCCUUACACCUUUAGUAAAUUUUGAAUGUUGAAACUAUUGAGAAAUACCUUAAAUUACAACUCAAAUGUAAUUAUUAUUUUUCAUCGUCAAGCUGAUAUUUAUGUGUGUGUAAGGAGGUAGAUCACUUUUGCUUAGUUUUUUUAUAUUGUUUCAGUUCUAGUGUACAACCUCUUGGGGCAUGACAUAAGCUAAAUAAGCUGGUUUGGAGUCACUUGGUCACUUGCUUUAGACUACAAAGUCAUGAAUGCCCUCAUAUCCAACAAUGUAAAGCCUGCAGGUUGUCAGAAAUGUCUGUAAGCAUUUGAAGUGCCCUUUUUGCACCCAAAACAUGUCUGGCCCAAUUGAAAACAUGCACUAAUACUGACCCAAUAUCAAAAAACGCUCCCGUGAGUGACCAGUCUCUUUACCCUGUUAUUUUAUGAGUGUGAUUUAGGUAUUAGAGGUCCUGAAGGGUGGUAGACUGCCUUCUCCAAUUUCGCCUCACCCAAUCCUUCCAUUAUUCAGUUUAAGGCGAUCUGGCCACCUUUAUUUCAUUGAUCUUACACUGGGUGGAUAGCUUGACUUGUAUCACCAUUCCAAAAUGAUAUUGUCAAUAGUGCCUUUUAUGCUUUGCCUUAGUGUAUUUGCGAAUACAACUCCUGUGAGUGUCAUCGCUUAAGGGUUCAAAUGUAAAUGCUCCACAGUAGGCAAGUUUUUUACCUAUGAGCAAUUUGUAGGUCAAAUGAAUUACCAUGUCACAUUUUGGAACCGUUUGCUUACAUACUCAGAAGUUUAAUCAGAAACAUUCUGUUUUUUCUUUGUUUUGUUGGCUUUAAAUACAAAUAUUUUUCUUUAGAAUGUCUGCUUUAGAUAACUGUAUGGAGAACCGUCUUCAUAAUUAGAAUUGAAGCAGACAGAAAUGGUUCCAAUUCUUAUCAAAAGAUGCCAGUCAAUCUUUGGCCACUGUGAUGCAUGCGAUUUAACUGACAAUGUAUGUAUAUGUAUGUAGUUAUACUGGAGCGCCUGAGGUGAACUAAAGCUCAAAACUUCAUGCACUAACCUCUGUAUGAUAAAAACUGAUAAAUGUGAUAAGUGCAUUCUAAGGCCACUGAAAGGAGGAUGAUACUUAGGAGAAAAAAUGCUUUGGAAAUGCUUCUAUCACAGAAUGCAUUGAGGCAGGAUGUGUAUGUUUUUAAUCAGCUGAAAAGGUACUAGCAGCCCUCGGCCCCAGCUGCUUAUUAAGAUUGACUGUAUCUAGAUUAUUACAAGUAUGGAGUUGUGUUACAAUAUCUUUGCAUCUAUCUGAACUAUGUUUACAUUUAUUUACUGGGUAUAUAAAAAUGUUUUCUAGAACCUUUUUCCUGUGCUUGCAUUGCUCCUGCUUAUCAGAAACAUGGAGCGCUUUAUAUGUUAUCUAUGGUAUUCAUACUUUCAGAGCAGUCUAUUUUUAUUGUAUUGAUACAGAUGUUGUAAUUGUAUAGAAUAUAUACUUUUCAUUUUUGAUGAGAAAUUAGUCAUGAAAAUAAAACUUUACAUGUAAAAUCUCAA